CGCUCGCUGAUUGGCUUCUGUCAGGGCUCAAUAACAUGCCACCCUUUUUUCGAGAAACAAUCAAAUUCGUUUAAAUUGUUUCCUCCAAACAUAUACGUUUUAAUUUUGCAGCCGCGAUUUGUUUUAUAUUUCUCCCCACUCCUCCCCUCCGGAAAGUUGAGGGCUUUACCCACAAUCCUCCUUUUCCCUCGCGCCAUCUUAACUGUCGACAUGAAGGUCGAACUGUGUAGUUUUAGUGGGUAUAAGAUAUACCCGGGUCACGGGAAGCGCUAUGCCAGGAUUGAUGGGAAGGUUUUCCAGUUUCUGAAUUCAAAAUGCGAGUCAGCAUUCCUCUCCAAGAGAAACCCUCGACAGAUCAACUGGACUGUCUUGUACAGGCGCAAGCACAAAAAAGGACAAUCUGAAGAAAUUCAGAAAAAGCGCUCCCGUCGUGCAGUGAAGUUCCAACGAGCUAUCACUGGUGCCUCUCUUGCCGAGAUUAUGGCUAAGAGGAAUCAGAAGCCUGAGGUGCGCAAGGCUCAACGUGAGCAAGCAAUCAGGGCUGCCAAAGAGGCUAAGAAGGCCAAAGCUGCAACAAAGAAAGUCAGUGCAGCUACAACUAAGGCUACUCAAAAGGCAGCACCCAAACAGAAGUUUGCUAAGCCAGUGAAGUCUCAGGCACCACGUGUUGGUGGAAAACGUUAACUAUCUAACUGUAUCUGUAUAAUAAAACCUGAAUAAGAUUUA